UCUGGAUAGGUUGAGCAAUCAUGUCUGUUUACGCAACUCUAAUUACGUCAAAUGAGCUUAUAGGUAAAAAUGUCAUUUUACUGUUUCCUCUAUGUGAAAUCUUAAAGAGAUUUUUAUGUUGCGCAAUGCCACACGACAACAAUGUCUCUAUGUCAAUUACAUCAUCUUCAUUAAGAUUUGUUUUUUAUGCAAAUAUUUAUAUGCAAGUAUACCCUCACAUUAUGAGAACACAGUUUUUGAACAUUUUUACAUUGUUUAUCAUCAUGUUCAGUCGAUAACAUUGCUUUAAGUAUGACAAUGCCAUGCUAAAAGCAACAAAAAUUAGAAAAGUAACCACAGUCCAGCACAGCACUCUUCCACCCGUGCUCUGAACUCUGUGCCUGUUGGUUCAACAGGAAGUGGUCUUGUAAUAGGAAGGUCGUUUCUCAAUUCUAGAUUUUCACUGAUACCUUUCGAUCUUUUGACGCAAAAGCACAAAGUUAGGAAUUUCAGCCACCUAUCAGCUUCAGACAAAGAAGGAAGAUGACAGAGACUUUGCUGUGCUUUGAUUUGCUGUACUUUUAUUCAACUUGUGUGAUGCAAUUGCACAUUUAUUGCAUGCAGAAUGCCUGAAGUGGACAGAAAAACACAUCUGAUGUUAACUGAGCUAAGCUUUAUAUUUACCCCUUAUGACUCAGACUUACAGUGGAAAUCCCAGAGCCACCCAGUUAAAGUCUGAUCUCACAGCCACAUAUGCAAAAAUAAAUUUAUAUGCUUAGACAAAUACAUGUCAUUUCUUUGGUUAGAAGUCUGUCUGUUCAAGCAUAAGUGUGGCACUGAUGUGGUAAGUUGUGUCACAGGGGAAAUCAGUGUCUUCUCAGCAAAACACAGGUAGUCCUAAUAGUAGUUCAGUACCUGGUACUUUCCACAAUUCUUACCAAAGAGCGUGCACAAAUAGAGUGUGGAGGGAACGAGGAUACGCUGGAAGUGUUGUAUGCUGCCUGUGGUCACUUUUAUCUUAUAUCUGUUGUUUUAACAUUCCGGGUUUUGCAUGUGCAUCGGUAUGGCAGCCCAGUCUCAGUGUAACUCCUCUACCCAGGUCCUACUCGCCCCACUCAGCGCGGGCCUCGAACCUGGGUCUCCGGUGUGGGAGUUGGAUGCUCUAACGAGGAGGCUAAAGACUGCAUCAGUUGCUAGAGCAUCUCUUGAGAUCAGAGAAGUGAGGUUUACUUGCACAGCAACUACUAGCUGGCCUCUGUUACUCUCACUCCCCUAAACCUCACUCCCAUCUGGGUCACGGCACCAAUGUAACCCCUCACCCAGGUCCUACUCACCCCGCUCUGCGUGGGCCUCGAACCUGUGGCCAGUUGCAUAAACUGCUUAGACUAGUCUUAAAACUAAAGUCAUCUAUUUUUUUUUCUUCAAAACUGGUACUAACUUUGUAAAGUCAGUUACAUAAAAAGGUAGAUCAGCCUAAUUUGAAUCAGAAAAGUAAGACUGAUUAGCCCUAACUAAGUGCUAGAUCUUAAGUCACAGUCUUAACAUAGAGGCUAAGUUUAUGCAACCGGCCACUGGUCUCCGGCGUGGGAGUCUAACAAGGAGGCUAAAGGCUGCAACUUCUAGCGUCAGUUGCUAGAGCAUCUCUUUGAGAUCAGGGGAGUGAGGUUUACACGCACAGCUCUUACUAGCCUACGUCUGUUACAUCAGCAUGGGGGCACCUUCUUCCCCCUUCAAAUGUUUAUUAACUUCAGCCAACUCUUUGGAAUGAUGACUGUGUUAAUUCAGCAGUAUUCAUGCUUUUGAGUGUCAGUCUGCUUUUAAAUGUGGGGCAAAAAGAUCAAAGAUAAUUUCUCUUAACCUCUAAACCACACAGGAAAUGCUUUACUUGAGAGUCUGAGGAAAUCCCCCAUUCUCCUUUAUGUAUUUCUCAUAAUUACCUAUUAUACACUCACCUCAAUUUUUUUUUACGUAGAAUCCAGAGAUAAGAAUCGUAAUUGCAUCAGAAGCAUAGCUCUAUCAUAAUUGAUGAUGGAAUCUUGAUAUUGUGUAAGAACUCAUUAACAUAUAUGACAAUCAGUUGACGUUAUCGAAUUGGGUGUUUAAAAGUGCACGCAAAAGAUUUAAGUAGGCUAUGUUUAAUUUAGCUUUAGUUCUUAUUGUGUGCUGAUGGAGGCAUUUUGCUGUGACGCCAUGAUGCACCUUUGUUCGCGGCAUUUUUCCUCAAAUGCUGCAAGUCAUUGUUUUUGGUUUAAUUUCCUUAGGCAUAUAUAAUUAUUACAUUUUAUAUUAUUAUGAUUAGUAACUCCGUCGAUUACAUGAAACAGCCUCAACAUGUAGUAGAAUACUGAAAUGACACUCUUUGUAAGUGUAUUUAAUUUUAAUCUCAUUUCUCAAAAGUGCCAUUGCUUUCUUUACGUGUACAACUUUUUUAAUUCGCUAAAUAAAUAAAUAAAUAAAUAAUAAAAAAAUAAAAAAAUCACUGAGUGCACCUUCAAGUGUGUAGAGUUGGAAACGAAAAAAGUUUAAGACGCGUGCACGCGCGUACACUCUUUCCACUGAUUGCCCGUGGUAGGCAUUGCGUAAUUCACUCUAUCCCACCGGAUCUGUAUGCUUCCUCCUCCUCCUCCUCCUCCUCCUCUUUCUUCUCAGGAAGUGCAGCCGCUAGUCUGAAGAGAGGCUCCGGACUCCCGCUCUCGCCGUACAGAGCGACUCGCGCGUCAUCCAUCGCGAUGCUGUGCCUUUUGCAGGCACCUGUGAGCGACAUACACCAGUAACAGAUGAAGGGUGAAGAGGAUGCGCUGGAAGCAGCAGGCUGUUUGCGGGCAGCAAGGAGACGCAGCGGCAUCAUCCUCAUCCUCAGCAUCAGCAGCAGGGCGCUCGGUUAGCGCCCACCCCCACUCACUUCGUCUUUUCCUCCCCCCCUGCAGAAGCAUGCUUGCGUGAGGGAUGAGGCUGGAGACAGGGACAUCAGGCCAGAGCUGCGGCCUUCUUCUUUUCACAAGAGCCGGGCUCGCCAUCAUCGCAGCAGCAGCAGCAGCAGCAUCCGCCAACGCUUUGCCAUCAUCACACCAGCAUAUUUGGUCAGUGAGCAGAUCCAGGAGCAUGAGCAGGAAGCUGAGCGGCGCGAGCAGAUGUCAGGGUAUAAGCGCAUGCGGCGGCAGCACCAGAAGCAGCUGAUCGCCCUGGAGAACAGGCUAAAGGCUGAGAUGGAUGAGCACAAGCUCCGGCUGCAGAAGGAAGUGGAGACCCAGGCCAAUAACACUUACAUUGAACUGGAGCGGCUGGCCAAGAAGCAGGCUGCACAACUGGACAAGGAGAUGAAGGCCACGGCAGCUGAGGAGAAGAGAAUCCAGCAACAGAUCUUGGUCCAGCAGAAGAAGGAACUGACCACCUUCUUGGACACACAGAAAAAGCAGUACAGACUAUGCAGAGAAAGAAUGAAAGAGGAAAUGAAUGAAGACUCUGACACACCAAAAGAGGAGAAACAGGAGCGCUUGUCACGGCAUAAGGAAACAAUGCAGCGCUCCCAGGCUGAGGAGGAGGCCCAGCUGUUGAACCAGCAAAGACUGGUUUAUGAAAGGAGCUGCCGUGCUUUAAAAAGAAGAAGCCUUAUCAAGAAGCAUGAGUUUGAACAAGAGCAAAUGCGGGAGGAGCUUAACAAGAAGAAGACACAAAAAGAAAUGGAGCAUGCACUGAUGAUCAGGCAGGAUGAGUCCACCCAAGAGCUGGAACAGCGGCAUCUACAUACCUUACAAAGGCUACGCUUUGAGCUGAUGCGCCACCAGCAUCAAACUGAGUUGGAGAACCAGGAGGAGUACAACAGUCGCCGGCAGAGGGAGCUACACAGGAAGCAUGCACUAGAACGCCGACAGCAGCCCAGGAACCUUAAGACAUUGGAGAUGCAGAUCAAAAAGCAAUUCCAAGAUACCUGUAAGGUACAAAACAAGCAGUACAAAGCUCUGAGGAACCAUCAGCUGGAGGUCUCCCCUAAGAGUGACCACAAAGCCAUCCUGAAGUCGCUGAAGGAGGAGCAGACCCGCAAGCUUGCACAGCUGGCAGAACAAUAUGAGCAAAGCAUUAAUGAGAUGAUGGCCUCUCAAUCGUUACGUUUAGAUGAAGAGCAGGAGGCUGAAUGUCAGGCUUUAAGGCAGCAGCUACAUCAGGAGAUGGAGCUCCUCGAUGCCUACCAGAACAAAACCAAGGCGCAGAUGGAGGCCCAACAUGAGCGUGAGGUGCAGAAGUUGGAACAGAAGGCGUCUUUGCGCCGGGCUCACUUGGAACAGAAGAUUGAAGAAGAGCUGGCCUCACUUCAUAAGGAACGGACCGAAAAAAUCAAGCAUUUAUUUGAGCGUCAGGAGCGAGAACUAGAGAUGUUUGAUUUAGAGAGUACGCGGCUAGGAUUUGGAAGCUUGGCCUCGUUUGACUUUCCCAAGGAUGAGGCCAGAUGAUCCAACAGAGGUGAAAGGGACUGUUCAACACUGAUGUCUUUGGACACAUUGUGCCUGCACUGUCCCUGAUUGUUGGAUUUACCAAGAUCAUCCAAACAGUGACCAUGCUGGAUCAAUAUCUUAUAACUCAUAUCGGCUGUGAGAACUUCACUGAUAUUCUGAAAGGAGAAACUAAACAGCCACAAACACAAAAGUGGUUUGGUGGUGCAUCACUGAGCUCAUAAACCAAGAAGAAAUAUCUAGACAAACUGACCUUUUCUCCAUGCCAUUGUCCCACUUUUGGUAUUAAAUUAGUAAUUCAGGAUAUUUUAGUACAAGUAAGCACUUUGAUAUGUUAAGUACGAUCCCAUCAUGUUAGGUGGAUAUGAAGUGUGAAAUGCCUUUGGUGUCAUCAAAGGACAUUGCGACUGUAGAAUGUGUCCUGCAUCUUCACCGUGGCUAUUAGCUGUUUUGUAUGUAUCACAGAGAAUGUGACAACUGUUGAUGAAAACUUUACACAGAAGCAGAUUUUCAAGCAGUGUCUGAUUUUAAAAUAUGGUGAAUACAUUAAGAGCAUUUAAUUAAUUUCAUAUUGUGGAACCCACGCUUUAUUUCUUUUUACUUAGAAAAAGAAAAGAAAGAAAAAAAAGAACUAAAAAUGUAUUCAUUGUUCAGUAUCCUAAAUUAAUUGGCAUUAGUUUUAUCAGGAUGUGAACUUAUUACAUUGAAUCAGUUCUGUCAGAGUUACUGGUAUUAUUGCAUGCACUUUAAAAGACAAAUUCAGGUUGUGAAGUGGAGCAUGAAUCUGUCAGAGAUUUUAGCCGUGUACAAAUAAAAGUGGUCAUAACAGUUUUGUUUUCAUGGCUAUUGAUACUGAACAUGAGCUUUAUCUUUGAUAUAAAUACCCGCCAAAUUGCCAAAUGCCUUUAAGUUAUGUUGAUGAAUGUUUUUGUUUUCCUUAUUUUGCACAGUUUGUUGAAUUGUGAUUCAUUCAAUGUGGACUUAUCACUGCUCUUGUACAGGGAAAAUGUUGCAAUUUGUGUUGUAAAAAUUUUAUAUAAAUAUUUGUAUAUGAUAACCUAAAUAGGGUUUACAUAUGUAUUGAUCAAUCAUUGCCAACAAAGAUCUAUGGAACUCUUGUUCAGUGAAGGCAGAGGAACGCAAACUUAUUUUUGUAAGUAAAACAGAAAGUAACUUAUAUUCUCAUGCAUCAUGUGACAGCCUUCAUGUCUGGUGGAGCUAUAAUGUGAACACCUCUGUGUAACAGAGUUCAUGGCUUGCUGUCAUUUAAGAAAGACACCACUCCAGCAACUAGUAGAAGGGGUUCAGUUGAUUCUUAAUUCACAAAAACAUGUACUUUAUAGGCAGAUUUGUGGUGUGUAAUAAAAGAUUCUUUGGGCCUGACCAACUACUAUCUUUUAUAAACUCUGACCUUUCCCUUCAUUAUUCAUGAGCGUCUCAUAAUGUUUUAUUAGUGAUCAUUGAGGUGUUUUCUGCUACUGUCUUUUAGGGCUUCUCCAACAAAAACUGUCAUUGCACAAAUUAAAUGAUGUUUUAACAAAUAAACACAAUGAAGAUUUGA